AUGAUUAAUAAACUGGCUUUUGAGGCUCUUGAUCUUUCACGUAAGGACAUAAUGAGGUUUACUAACUCCAAUUCUGAAGAGAGACCAUUUGGAGGCAAAUGUGAUGUUCUUAGAGGAGACUUUUGUCAAAUAUUACCAGUUAUUCCAAAAGCAACUAAGGAGGACAUUGUUUCUACAACAAUUAAUUCAUCAAAGUUGUGGUCUCACUGUAAGAACAUGAAAGACUUUAAGUUCUUUGAAGAAAGAGUCAUAUUGACUCCAACUCUUGAAGCAGUUGAGAUGACGAAUGAAUUUAUCCUUUCUCAAGUCUCCGAUGAAAAGAAAGAAUAUGUGGGUUCAGACUCAUAUUGCAUAGCAGAUGAAGAUGUUGGGAUUGAACCUAAUUGGUUCACUGUAGAGUUUUUAAAUGAAAUUAAGUGUUUUGGAUUUCCUAAUCAUAAAAUCACUCUGAAAAAAGAGUUCUUAUUAUGCUUCUAA